AUGGCUUCAGUAGUAGCUGCAUUGAGCUUGGAGCAAGAGACGCAUUUGUUGAAGCUCCUUCCCGAACCUGCCCAACUUCACCUGCUCUACAAGGGAAGCCACCAUGGGUUCUACAUGCAUACAAUCUGGUCUCCUUCAAACCGGCCUGCCGGUCUCUUAAACCGGGUCAGAGUUCUACUGAUGGGUCCUGCUGGGUCAGGAAAAUCCAGCUUCAUCAACUCUGUCAGAUCUGUGAUGUUCGGAAGAGUCCUUCUCCUGCCUUUUAUUGGGACUGCAACAAAGGGCUUCAUCAAGAAGCUGAAGUCGUAUGACAUCCGGUCAGAGAGAGGGGGGAAGCCCACAGCUCUGACCCUGUGUGAUGUGUUGGCUCUGGGGGACGGCGRGAGGACUGGCCUGACUCUCACAGACGCACUGGCUGUUAUCAAGGGAUAUGCCCCCGAGGGACAUGAUUUUCAAAGUGAUGUGCCCAUCAAAGGAGAGACUCCAGGUUACAGAUCUGUUCCCUCGAUAAAUGACCAAAUCCAUUGUGCGGUGUUCGUUCUGAAUGCCUGCCAAAUCAUGUCCACCAGUGAUGACCUUACAGAGACACUGAGGACACUUCAAGCUGAGAUCGCAGAUCUGGACAUCCCCCAGGUGGUUCUGUUGACCCAUGUGGACCAGGUGUGUCAUGCCAUCCAAGAGGAUGUGAAGUUUGUCUACUCCAGCCGGAUCCUACAGGAGAAGAUGCAGAAAGCAGCAGAGGUGGUGGGKUUGYCWGUGUCCYAUGUGCUUCCAGUGAAGAACUACUCCAGUGAACUGUCUGUGAGCUGCAACACUGACAUCCUGCUGCUGAGUGCAGUUCAUCACAUUCUCCAAGCUGUGGACGACACGWAUGAGGAAAACCACCCUCCCACCCCUACAGACGCAUCUGCAGAACCUCCAUCUGCAGAAUUUCACCAAUCCCAGUAACCUUUUAAUAUUUGACUAGUAACCAUUGGUGAGUUAUCAUGUGCAGUUGUUUAUUGUGAUUGGAUGUUUUCUUUGGGGUGUAAUUUUUUCUCUCCAGAUGUUGGAACCUACUUGUAUGUUUAUUAGGUUUAAAAAUAACAAAUGAAUUCAAGUGAGACAAAAUAUGUUUUUGUACAAUAAACCAAUGAGAAGAUGA